CAGUGAUCGCCAGCUGGAAGCCAGCACUCACCAUGAAGCUCUCGCGUGCCGCUCUGGCGCUAGGGCUUGCAGCCACCGCGCCGGCCUACAUCCAGUACACCACGGUGCCCGGAUAUUUCCUGCAGGACGAGGGGUCGACCGAUCCGUCCACCUUCGACUUUAUAACCACCAACUUCGGACUCAUCAACCGGACAUACCCGGCUGAUGCUGCCGACGCAGAUACCCAACUGGGCCAAGGCCAGGGCCAGCAACAGGACCAGCGGCAGCAGCCUCUUCCUGGUGCCCUGACCCAAUGGGAGCGUUUCCAUCGCCAAGUUCUGGCUCUGAAUCAGGAUUCUCCGAGUACUGUCGAGUUCAAGGUGCUUUUUCUGGGUCGGCACGGUGAGGGUUGGCAUAAUGUUGCCGAGGAUAAUUAUGGCACCCCGGCGUGGAACUGUUUCUACUCCCUCCUCCCAACCUACACCGACCCCGCCCUCACCCCCUUAGGGACCACCCAAGCCCUGACCGUCCACAACCUCUGGCAACGCCUCCUGACGACGCAACGCAUCCCCCCCAUAACAACCCACUACGCCAGCCCCCUCCUGCGGGCCCUCCAAACCGCAAACCUCACCUUCAGCAAUCUGCUCCACCCACAUCUCUACCCCCGUUCAAGCCCCAUCCCAUUCCGCCCGCUAAUCAGCGACCUCUUCCGGGAAGGUGUGAGUUUGCAUACCUGCGACCAUCGAAGCAGUCGAGCGCAAAUCGAGGAUCUAUUUCCCGGGUGGAGGUUCGAGAGCGGGUUCGAGGAUGUGGACGGGUACUGGGAUGGGGAGUGGGGGGAGACGAGGCCUGCGGAGGAUGCGAGGAGUAGACGGGGACUGGAUUUGAUUUUUACUCAUUCGUCUUCGUCUUCGUCUUCUUCUUCUUCUUCAUCUAACUCCGAUCUUCACUCCGAUGAAGACAGAGGUGAUGGUGAUGGUGAUGAUGAUGUCUUCGUGUCAGUGACCAGCCACUCCGGCGAAAUCGCAUCCAUCCUGCGUGUCAUCGGACACCGGGAGUUCGGGCUGAAGACGGGCGCCGCGAUUCCGGUGUUGGUUCGGGCGGAGACAAAGCCAGCGCCAGAGUCGACCUCGACGGUGGUUUCGUGGACGAGGAGUGCGCACUGUACAGCGCCGCCGGUGACCUCGCUGGUUGGCGGUGGGUGUGUGUGUACGUCUGAGCCAGGGGCGGUGGUAACGCCGUUGUGAUGGAUGGGGUUGUAUCCUUUGUCUCUCUGGGUAUUGUUAUCAGUCAGUCAGUGCCUGUCUUGUGGAUGUUGUAAUUAGCCAGGGUAUCGUUCAUGAUCAUGAUAUCUGGGUGUUAUUGUUAGUCUGUCAGGAUGUGACUACCUAAGGUAGGAGGUAUUGGGCAUUAGGGUAUUGAGUGUUGUUAUAGAAGGGGGUAUGCUGUAUGCUGCAUGCUGAGGAUAGUGUAGGUUUUCAUAAUGACGCCCAU